CCUUUGCGCAGUACCCUCUCACUCAUCUUCACUACCCCCAAAACCCUUUUCCCUUUUCCUAAUAACUUCUCAUGUGGCCACCGUGGCUUAAUUCACCCAACCGGUUCCGCAACGCUCCACCGCCGUCACCGUCGCCCUCGUCAUCGCCCUCGCAUUCUCGAUCUCGCUCAUUAAGCUUUUCUUGCUCGUCUUUCAAAGACAUUCAGAGCCUCCUCCAAGAAAAGCCCGAAUCCAGCCCCGCCGCCCCCAAAUCUCCGUCUCUAUUCCGCCGCGUCCGGAUCUCCACCGCCGUACUUCGUGCCUUGGGUGCCUCGCGCGCUACCGUCCCCGCUGCUCUCCCGCCGGGCCUUGACCAAGGCGUCGUCGUCUACUUCACCAGCCUCCGCGUUGUCCGCCGCACUUUCGACGACUGCCGUGCUGUCCGAUCCAUCCUCCGCGGCCUCCGCGUCGCCGUCGACGAGCGCGACGUCUCCAUCGAUGACCGCUUCCGCGACGAACUUCACGCAGUUCUCGGCCGCCGCAGCAACCUCGCCCUGCCACGCGUCUUCGUCGGCGGCGUCUACAUCGGCGGCGCCGACGACGUCCGUCAACUUCACGAGAGCGGCGAGCUCCACCGCCUCAUCGAACGGCUCCCGCGCUCGAAUCAGAACGCUUGCGACUGCUGCGGAGGUUUCAGAUUCGUAGUGUGCGAUGAGUGCAACGGAAGUCACAAAAUCUUCACCGAAAAAAACGGAUUUCGAAGCUGUCCGUCUUGCAAUCCCAACGGCUUGAUUCGGUGCCCUUCUUGCUUCUUCGUGCACCCGCGCCACACCAAAUAACUUACUUCAUCGGUUAGUUACUGCUCACAGUUCACAGACAACUCACGGAAGAAAUUAAAUUAAUAAUUUAUGUUUAUAAAUAAUGACUUUCUCACUUGCAUUUCAUCAAUGCGACUACAUUACAUAUAUUAAUUGAAAUCGUGUACUCUGAGGAUCUACAAAUCUGAAUAGGGUUACGGCAUUAUUAACUGUUAAUUAAUUAUUAAUAAUAUUUUGAUAUUAUUAUAUGGUUUUAAA